AUGGCUGCGGGCAGCAUCACCACCCUGCCCGCGCUGCCCGACGACGGGGGCAGCGGCACCUUCCCCCCGGGGCACUUCAAGGAUCCCAAGCGGCUGUACUGCAAAAACGGGGGCUUCUUCCUGAGGAUCAACCCGGACGGCCGAGUGGACGGAGUCCGGGAGAAGAGCGACCCGCACAUCAAACUGCAACUUCAGGCAGAAGAAAGAGGAGUGGUGUCAAUCAAAGGUGUAUGUGCAAAUCGUUUUCUGGCUAUGAAGGAAGAUGGCAGAUUAUUGGCAUUGAAAUGUGUAACUGAAGAAUGUUUCUUUUUUGAGCGCUUGGAAUCAAACAACUACAACACUUACCGGUCACGGAAAUAUUCUGAUUGGUAUGUGGCACUGAAAAGAACUGGACAGUACAAACUUGGACCAAAAACUGGACCAGGGCAGAAAGCUAUCCUUUUUCUUCCAAUGUCUGCCAAGAGCUGA